GCUCACUGAUACCAGCUCGAUCAGCCCAGGAAUUUGUUUGAUGUGCUUAAGAGAUUGGUAACAAUAGCUCCUAACGUGACUGCGUUGCGAGGUGACAGCGUUCCCUUGGAGACGGUGAAUCCAUCCAGCCCCGGCCAGGAUCCCGGCAGGUUCCCCCUCUCCAGAGGCCGUGGAACUCCUUCCCUGGGCAGGGGCAGAGAUGGGAAGAUAAGCUCUGCCUGUAGACAAAUAGCCCUGUGCAAGAUGUGAGGAUUUUAUGCAGCAGCCAGACAUGUCUGAAAGUUCCUCAGGUCUGACCACGAGCAAUCAGAAGUUCUUUCAAUCCUAUUCCUCCCGCUGCUCCAUCCUUAGUGAUGCACACAACAUUGCACCGGUUUUACCCCAAACCAGAGGAAUCCUCGGGCAGAGCUGGGACUCCAGGCUUCCUUUCCCACUUCCUUCUGACUCCUUCAAGUACCUUGGCUGGUGUGACAUAGAAGAACACGGCGUUCGAGGAGAUCAGCUCCGCUCUCCCCGAGUGAGGGAAGGGCCCUCAGAAGAAGAGCUGUUUUUCAGAAAAGAAGAGCAUACUCUGAAAAAAAGGAAACAAAUAACUGAGACAGAGAAAUGGGAAAAGAGGCUUCAAGAGAACUGGGAAAACUGUGCUGAGCUGAACCUUUCCUUCCAGGACCUGGGUGAUCUUUACCAGGUGGAAAACUUCAAAAGAAUCCUCCGAAGAUUAAUUCGGGUGGAAAAGCUUUGGUUGGUGGACAAUUCCUUGACAGACCUCAGUGCCAUAAGGUUGCCAAGAUGCAGAGAGCUAAAUGUAAAUAAAAACCACUUUACAUCCUUCAAACAGCUGCCAAAGAUCCCUCAGAUUCAGCACUUAUCCCUCGCUGAAAAUAACAUCACGACCCUAGGGGGGAUUUCAGACUUCAGACACACUCCACUUGAAUCCCUCAUCCUCAGGAGGAAUCCCUGUGAGUUCCAGGAAAGAUACAGACAACUUGUGUUCUCCAAUUUGCCAAACCUGAAAAUACUGGAUGGUAUCCCAAAACUGCCAGAGGACUGUUCACCCCCUGAUGUCAGGUUUUUUUACAGAAUGUGUACUAUACUCUAGCACUGUAUUUUUGCAGCAUCACAACUGUGCUACAACCACCUUGCUUAAAAGAGACAAUAAAUCCUG